UGAGUCUGGUUUGUUAUUCCAGGGAAAUCUCAUUGCUUUAUGGCACUCUCCUGGGACUUUGAAGCUGUUUGAGAGGUUGACACUGCCUGGUUUCUGCUGUGAUGCUGGUGGAAAUACUGACUGGUCCUGGAAAAUGGAUGACUGUUGGGAGUGUUUUUGUUUUUACACAUCUCAUCACACGCGUGCUGUGAGCUGCUCCCAGUGCCAACAGGAGCACGGCACUGAUGCUCUCGCCUUUUCAACAGGUACAUGGGAUGAAGGGAGCCUGACACCUGUCUGGAGAGGACACCCCAGCCCCUGUGGAGCUGCCCACCAUGAGCAGGACACUGCUGGCAGGCAGGAUGCAUCCAGAGAUCCGGAGCGUCUGCGUCUUCCUGCCCACCCGCGAGCAGCUCAGCCUGGCCGUCGGGGUCAAAGCCACUGGACAGGAGCUCUUUCAGCAAGUUUGUGAUUUAGUGAAGAUUAAAGAGCCUCACUUCUUUGGCCUCAGCAUUGUUAAAAAUAAUGAAUAUGUUUUUAUAGACCUGGAGCAGAAGCUUAGCAAAUACUUUUCAAAGGAAUGGAAGAAAGAGACCACCAAAGGGACAGAGAAAUUCAGCCCUCCAUUUGUUGCAUUCUUUAGAGUACAAUACUAUGUAGAAAAUGGAAGAGUAAUAGGCGAUAAGGUGGCACGGCAGCUCUACUACUGCCAUCUCAAAGACCAAGUACUUAUGUCUCAUUGCAACCACAAAGAAGAAAUCUACUUCUUGCUGGCUGCCUAUAGCUUACAGGCAGACUUGGGCAACUACAGAGAGAAGGUCCAUGCUGGCAAAUACUUUGAACCUCAGGCUUAUUUCCCACAAUGGAUAAUUGCAAAGAGGGGGAGCGACUACAUCUUGAAACAUGCCCCAGAGAUGCACCGAGAACAGCAAGGGCUGAGCACGAAGGAAGCGGUGCUGAAGUUCAUUAAGGAGUCCUGCCUGCUGGAAGAUGUGCCUGUCCACUUCUACAGGCUGCAGAAGGAUAAGAAGGAGGAUCGACCGACAGUUAUCCUGGGCCUGACCCUGAGAGGAAUGCACAUCUAUCAGGAGGUGAAUCACGUUCGCCAACUCCUCUAUGACUUUCCCUGGUCACACAUUGGGAAGCUGGCCUUUCUGGGGAAAAAAUUUGAAAUCCAGCCAGAUGGUUUGCCCUCUGCACGGAAACUGGUUUACUACACGGGUUGCCCCUUCAGGUCACGCCAUUUACUGCAGCUACUCAGCAAUAGCCACCGGCUCUUUCUGAAUAUUCAGCCAGUUUUGAAGCAGAUCCAAAAACUGGAGGAGGCUGAAGAGAAGAAGCGCUACCGGGAGUCCUAUAUCAGUGACACUCUCGACAUGGACCUGGACCCGUGCGACAAGAACUCCCGUGGCAGCGGGAGCAGCGGGGGCAGCCGCAGGGAUAACCGCCUGUCACGCCAGUCCACGGGGAGCCACGGCAGCUCGCACACCUCGGGCAUCGAGGCUGACUCCAGGCACCGCGUGUCUGUGGAAAUGUCGGUGGAUGAGCCCUUCGGCAUUGACCGGGUGCAUAGGAAAGAGAAAUCCUGCAGCUCAACCAUCAGCUACGGUAGCUCUGGCAUUGACAGUGGCAGCAAGGGGCGGGCUGAAGAUGACACUCAGGAUGAUGAGCUUGAGCUGGCAGUAGAUGAGCCAGAGGAGAUGCCUGUAGAUGAGCCUUUAGAGGGAGACCAGUUAGAGGAGGCCACUGUGGGAGAAUCUGUUGAAUCCCUGCCUCUAGAUGCUGCUAGCUGCCAAGCUAUAAAUCAGGAAUCUCUGUCUGUGGUGCAAGUCACACUAAUCAAAAUGAGAGGCCAAAGUGUGGAAUCCCUUCACCAGGUCAGAUCUCCCAAAAGCCGGAGCUGCAUGGACCAGCACAGCCAGAGUUUGGAUGACAUCCGCCUGUACAAGCGCCGGCACCCAUCACUAAGUGCCACGCUGUCUUCAGACACGUCCCACAGCUACACCUUCGGCUGCAGCCUCGAGGAUAAGCUGUCUGUCUACGGCUGCGUGUAUUCCACAGCGGACUGCAAAACCAAGUCUGCUCUUUAUGGGAAGCGAUCCAUGAACUGCCUCUCCUUGGAUCUUCUGGGAGAGGACCAGCUCCCAGAGGAGUUUGUGGUGUAAUGAGAUUGGAGCUCUUCCAUACCAGGAAACAGCUCAUCAUGGAAAUAUAUACCUCAUUAACACA